GGCACAUAGACGUGCUGCUCCUAGCGUCGGCACCUUGCAAGCACAGCAGUCACCUUCCAACCUCUGCGACUCUCCUCCGCUCUGUCUCGCUCAGUCGCAGUUAUUUUGCAGAACGGAGGGGACCGCGCACUGUCCGCUUCGCCCGAUUACAUUCAUCUGCGGAGUUUCUCCCCGCUGGGAAAUUGUGAGGGUUUUGUUUUCGUUACCCGCAAAAGAGUCUAUGCUCCGCGAAAGACACGCGACUGGUGGCUUUACCGAGCCAGAGAGGGCUGCCGUGCGUCCUGGUGAUGAGGUUGGUGGCGCACAGCCGACACAGCAUUAAAGGAAUCCCUCUGUAUCUGAAGAAACCGCCCCAAUAAGGGACAAGAACGGGGGGAGAGCUGCCGGAGCUAGUGUCGGCUGGGACGCUAUCAUUUCGUCUAGGAUGCAUCUCUUCAGUGCCAUGUUCCUGCUUGUGAUGUUAGCUGUCAUGCCCUGUGAGGCGCUGUACCCGAGCCCAGAGGAGGGCUGGCAGAUCUACAGCUCGGCGCAGGACGCAGAUGGGAAGUGUAUCUGUACCGUGGUCGCACCGGCCCAGAACAUGUGUAACCGCGACCCACGCAGCAGGCAACUUCGUCAGCUCAUGGAGAAGGUUCAGAACAUUAGCCAGUCAAUGGAGGUGCUGGACCUGCGGACGUACAGAGAUCUACAGUAUGUAAGGAACACCGAGAGCCUAAUGAAAGUGGUGGAUGGAAAGCUGAAGGUGGCCUCUGACAAUCCCCGAAGUCUCAAUCCAAAGGGCUUUCAGGAAUUGAAAGACAAGGUGACCGAGCUGCUACCCCUGCUGCCAGUGCUGGAGCAGUACAAGACGGAUGCCAAGAUGAUCCUGCGUCUUCGGGAGGAGGUGAGGAAUCUGUCCUUGGUGCUGAUGGCCAUCCAGGAGGAGAUGGGGGCCUAUGAUUAUGAGGAGCUGCGCCAGAGAGUCCUUCUGCUGGAGACCAGGCUCCACUCCUGCAUGCAGAAGCUAGGCUGUGGGAAGCUGACUGGCGUCAGUAAUCCCAUCACAGUACGUGCAUCAGGCUCAAGGUUUGGCUCCUGGAUGACCGAUACCAUGAUCCCCAGCUCAGACAACCGAGUGUGGUCCAUGGAUGGUUACUUCAAGGGACGGCGUGUCCUGGAAUACCGCACUAUGAAUGAUUUCAUGAAGGGCCAGAACUUUGUGCAGCACUUGCUGCCUCACCCCUGGGCAGGCACUGGUCACGUGGUCUUCAACGGAUCACUGUACUACAACAAGUACCAGAGCAACAUCAUCAUCAAGUACCACUUCCGUUCUCGAAGUGUGCUGGUGCAGCGCAGCCUGAGUGGGGCCGGCUAUAACAACACCUUUCCCUACUCCUGGGGUGGCUCCUCUGACAUCGACCUGAUGGUGGAUGAGAAUGGCCUGUGGGCCGUUUACACCACCAUCCCCAAUGCUGGGAACAUUGUCAUCAGCCGCCUGGAGCCGCAGAGUCUGGAGGUGCUGCAAACUUGGGACACGGGCUUUCCCAAGCGCAGUGCUGGAGAGUCUUUCAUGAUCUGUGGUACACUUUAUGUCACCAACUCCCACCUGGCUGGUGCCAAGAUCUACUUUGCCUACUACACCAACACAUCAAGCUAUGAGUACACAGACAUCCCCUUCCACAAUCAAUACUCCCACAUCUCCAUGAUGGACUACAACCCCAGGGAGAGGGUCCUGUACACCUGGAACAACGGACACCAGGUGCUCUACAAUGUCACACUAUUCCAGGUUAUUAAGACUUCUGGGGACUGAGAGCCCUCAGACUGACCCUCUCAAAUAAUGCUGUGAUCUUUGUUCUGGUGGCAAAUGAGCUGGGUGGAGGCGGGCUGGGUUGUGGGUGGUCGGGGGUUGGUGGUUUCAGUGUAUGGGCAUAGGCUUGGAUUUUUUUUUAAGAAUUUCAAUCUACAUAGAGUGCUAUUAUUCACAUUCUUAAAAAAACACUCCGGCAGCAAGGUCGGUAAAGAAUAAAAAGACUGAGCGCUUCUCUUAUUUUUCUUUCUGUGAUGAGUAAGCAUGGUUCUUUUUAUUUGUGAUGAGAAAUAAAUAUCAAUCUUUACCAUUUA